AUGAUCCCAUGCAGGAGAGUGGUCAGCAGAGCUGGCGUUAAAGGGCUUAUAUUGCCGGCACUUAGUCAAAGAGUAAUUGUGCCGCAUGUCAUUACUCGUUACCAGUCUACUGUUGGUGCUGCUUCUGGCGUUCCCAUCGACAACACUGCAAACGAGCCAAGACAACCAAUCGAAAAUAAAGCCUUGAAAGAUUCAAAGAGUGCCAGAGGUCCCAAGGCGCCAAAAAGACAAAGGCAAGAGAGAAAUGGCGGUAAUGGAGGAGCUAAUAUGCAAGCAUUCAAUCAGAAAGUUAAAGAUGUAACUCAACAAAUAGAGGAGACUUUAAACACAGAUGUCGAAUAUGGCGAACUAAAGAGUAUUUUGGAGGAAGGUAUAACUUUUUUGAGAGACUCUACCGAGGCUAUUGGAAAUACUACUAGGGUCAGUAUCGAGUUGCACAGGGCAUUUACUCCAUUAACCAUUACUUUCUACAACAAGGCAAAGAAUAUAGCUGAUAUCAAUAGUGAAGAAUUACUUGAAUUCCUUAUUAGUAUUGGUCUUGCAAAUCAAUACCAUUUUACUGAUAUUGCACAACAGUUAUUGAAGGAAGCAACGACCAAGCCAGAGAAUUACCAAAAAGUGUUGCAAUAUUGGGUCAGAUUCAGAGAGUACGAGACUACCCACAGAAGUUUUGUUCUUGAUGGAACGCUUCCCGAAGGUGUCGAAUAUGUACAAUUUCAGUUCCCAUCAUUUGCAUACUACUCGUAUGUCAUGAUUUGUGUCCACCAGAAUGCCCCAUACUCAGCACAAGAUGCAAUGAGAUUUUCAUUUAAUGACUCAGUGCCACAUCCAACUAGAGUUAAGCUGAAUCUUGUUGGAGGAAAAUGUUUUGAUAAUACCGAGUUUAAGAGAUUUACUGAUUUCAUUCGUCAAGAAGAGCAAAAGAAUAUUGAUCCUAAUGGACCUCAAGUUAACUCUGACCUAUUCAGACUCAAUGAUGUACACAAGAUUGAUGACUACUACUUAAAGACCGUGGAAAUGUUAAAGGAACGUAAUGAGAAAUUUACUGAGAGAACAUUAACCCGAUUUAUGAACCGGUACUAUUCGAUUGGCAAAUACGAUCGUGUUUUUGCAUUGUUUGAGAAGUUGGUUUCAUCGGGAAUCAAGCCCUCGAUCACUGCGUGGAAUGCAGUGUUGCGCUCCAUCAUUACUCGUGAUACUUUUAGGGACAAAUCAAGUGAAGAGAAAGUGGUAUUGUUGAAGAAGUUUGAAAGGAUGGUUGCCACUAUCAAGGCCAGUGGUGCAAAAUUUGAUGCAGAUACUUUGGGUGCUAUUGUCAAUGCAUAUUGUGUUGCUGGCCAAUUUGAAAGAGCUAAGGAGUGUAUGAAUGAGUAUAAAGAUCUCGGCGUUAGCAAUGUUGCCAAGGAAGAGUACAUGAGAGCUUUGAUCUUCAACGGUCAGAUUCCCGAGGCCGAGGAGAGAUUCCAAGAGUAUAUGAAACAAGAAGAUAGUACCUUUUCGAGAGAUCUUUUGAAUGACUUUUUGGCCCACUACUCAAAGCAAAAAAACUAUAGGGCUAUGUUUGGAAUCAAAGAGUUUAUGGACCGCCACAAUCUCGAACCAAACACAAAGACAUUGACGUUGAUCACACAAGCAUAUAUCCACACCAAUGUCCAGAUGGGAAAGACUCCUGAUAUCAUGGCUUUCUUAAACUCGUUUAAAGGUUCUACAAGAUUUAAUGAAAAUACAUAUACGGUGAUCCUCACUGGUUUGAUCAAAUCGGCCAAUAUUGAAGCAGCAAGAGAGCUUUACAAGGUACUCAAGAAAAAGUAUCCUAACUCGCCUUGGAUUCAAAGUAAUAUGAUCACCAUGGAAAUGUCACUUGGAGAUAUUGCUACUGGUGAAAGGUUGUUUGCACAUUACAUCAAGAACAUCAAGAAUGAUGCUUUUAUUUGGAACACUGCCAUCAAGAACUUGUUGGACCGUGAUGAAAACUUGGCUAUGGAAUAUUACAAUGGUUUGAAAAACCAGGAAAGAUUCAAGCCAAAUAUGCACACUUACCAAUUUGUCUUUGAACACUUUGUUAGGAAGGGCAAUGCAAAGAGAUUGGCAGAGGUGCUUGAUGAUUUAGCAAACAAUCCGUUGAAGGAAUAUGGUACAUUAUCCAAGAUCUUUUACAGAAUCUCGCCAUUGACUGAAAUUCCUAAAGCUGUUGCCGAGAGGGCUAAAUUUGAUGUCAAUAAACGGAAAACGUUCGUGUAA